AUGGGGGCCAAGCAGACCAAGGCUUGCGGUCCGCUUCCUCCGGGCUCCGCGGUCCCCGGGGGCCCCCUCAGUCCUCGGCUGCGGCGGGGUCUCCUCCCUUCCCGGGAGCGCGGCGGAGACUUCCUGGCCUCGCUGGUGAUGCGCUCGGGAGAGAAGUUCGGGAAGGGAGGUGGGAGCGUCGCGUCUAGACGGAGCCCCUGCAAAAGCCCGGAGCGGAAGGACCUCGGCAUGGAGUCCACCUCGCUGGAUGACGUCCUGUAUCGUUACGCCAGCUUCCGGAAUCUGGUCGAUCCCAUCACUCAUGACCUCAUCAUCAGCCUCGCCAGAUACAUCCACUGCCCCAAACCGGAAGGGGACUCUCUGGGGACCCUGGAGAAGCUGUGCCGGCAGCUGACCUACCACCUGAGCCCCCACUCCCAGUGGCGACGGCAGGGCAGCCUUGUCAAGAAGAAGCCACAGGCCUGCUUGAAAGCCCUCCUGGUGGGGAAUCCUCAGGACCACACCGUGGAUCUCUCGGGCAUCCCGCUGACCUCCAAGGACUUGGACCGGGUCAUCUCCUACCUCCAGCACAGCGCGGCCUCCAUCGAGAGCGUGGAGCUGUGCUUCACGGAGCUGACGGACGAGCUGUUCCUGCAGCUCCUCCCGGUGCUCAGCGCCCUGCCCUGCCUCAGCACCCUCUCCCUCAACGGGAACCGGCUGACCAAGGCCAUCCUGCGGGACUUGACCGAAGCGCUGAAGGACCCCCGGAACUUCCCCAGCAUGACCUGGAUCGACCUGGGCAACAACGUGGACAUCUUUUCCUUGCCGCAGCCCUUCCUGGUCAGCUUGAAGAAACGGUGCCCCGCGCAGGGCAACCUCCCCACCAUUCUGGAGUUUGGGGAAGGCCAGGCCAGCGACUUGGAAGGCCCAGGGGAUCUGCCGGCGGAAGGGGAGGAAGAGAGGAGCGACGGCGGCCCGGACGAUGACGCCAGCCCCCACCACGUGCGGGCAGGCGAAGCCGUGGAGGAGAGCGAGAGGGAAAAUAUAGUUCCAGUGCAGCCCAAGGAAGCGUCUGGGGACCCCGUCGCCCUCCGCCAUGGUCCUUGCAGGCAGAGAAGGCAUUUCGGUUUUUUUCUCUUCAAGCGGCAGGUAAACACCUUUGCUCCUUUACUUGAUUUAUCCAAAUAGUUUAAGCAGCAGUGCUUCUAAGUGGGGUGUAAAGAACAUGCUGGCAGGGAUUCUGGCAGUUGUAAAGACGCGAUGUUUCAGAACUCAGAUCAUUAUUUUUUCUGUAUUUUAAAUUAUUAUUUUCCCCUUCUUAUUUUGCUCAUCCAGCAUGGAGAAGGGGGAAGGAGCAGUAUUUCAGUUUCAAGCUUCAAGGCGACAAAUGGUAUUGAAUCAACCUUUUGGUUGUUGCUUCUUUAUACUGCUUUUUUAUUGGUCCCCUCUUCUUCUUUUUUUUAGUCAGCCACUUUUUUUAGUCAGCCAAAUUGUAAUGGCGAUUUUAAACUGUUGCAAUUUCCCUCUUAACUAGGCCUUAGUAUUUUAAAGGAGAGCAUUUACGCAGAUGUAAUACACCCUGCUUGGUAGUUGGAGCCUUUGUGGUGACCAGACUCCCCUCCCUUUAGUAGAGAAGAAAUGGAAACAAACCCCAAACCCCUCUGCAUUUUUUUUAUUUUGAGGAUUUUAUCUUUUGGAAUUGUAAGUGCUUUGGGGCAGAGACCUCCUUAUCUUUUAAUUCAAGUGUGAAGCAAGCUCUGUCUCGAACCUUGUAAAAGUUUCCGGGGAAACAGCACAAGUGUCACCCUUUACAAAGAGAAAAGUAGGGGGGGGAGUGCAUUAUUCUUCUACCGAUACCUAGUUAAAAUGGGAGAUUAGAACCAUUUAAAAUCACAAUUGUAAGUGGCAGGUAAAGCAAAAAAAAAAGGGGGGGUCGUAGAACUAAUAAAUACUUGUGUAAAUAAGUAGCAACCAAAGACAAAUUCAAUAGGAGGUAUCCAGAAAGCUUGAAAAUAAUAAGAAGAAUAAAUGCAUGGUAGGUCCUCCUUCCUGGCCCCUUUAUCGCUGCCUCCAGCCUGCCCUUUGGUGUGUGUGUGGAGGCAGCCCUUGAGCUUCCUUUUCCUGCAGGGUGACCACAGUGGUGCAUUUAUCAUCCAGGAAGCGGUGGGGAGGCCCUCCAAGAGGGAGGGUGGGGGAGACUUACCUCCUCUGGGAGAGUCUGUCCUGCUAUUUGUCCUUCCCGGUGUUUCUGGAGGGUGCAUCCUAAGUCAUCUUUCACUGCAAAGAGAACAUCUCCCAGAAGCUAGGCCACCUGACCUGGCAGGAUAUCUCUUCCCCCCCCCGGGUGGUGGUGGUCUAUCAUGGGCCCCUCUACCCCAUUUGGCCCUUUUGCCAGUGCUACCAGUUGGAUCAGAGUGGAACAAAAGGAUCCUUGGGCUUUUUAGAACUGCCGAGCACUUUCUAUUGGGAGUGGAUGGAAGGAGGGAAGUCCUCAUGAAGGUCCAGUUAGGGACUCCACCACGAGUUGGGAGCAGACGGG